AUGGUCCAGGGCUCUAGCCGCCUGGAGCUGCCCCGAACCUGGCGGCAUCUCUGGGCAGGGAUAGAAACGUCCAGAGAGGAAGCGGGAAGCUGCCCUGAUCUGGUCCAGCAAGUGCUGCCUGCUCACCUUCCCAGCCCCCUCCCAGAUCCCAUCCAGACACGGGGCUUCUGGGCUCAACCGGCCCCACUGGAGGCCUCCUCCACCCCUCCUCACAGCUCCGUGGCCGUCACUCUUGAAGAGCCAGAUCUUUGGGCCAAGUUUCACCAUGCAGGGACGGAGAUGAUUAUUACCAAAACCGGGCGACGAAUGUUUCCACAAUUCAAGAUCAAAGUCACUGGCUUUGCCUACGCCAAGUACCUCAUGCUGGUAGAUUUCGUGCCAACGGACAACUUCAGGUACAAGUGGAACAAGGACCAGUGGGAGAUUGCAGGGAAAGCCGAGCCACGGCCCCCAUGCCGGACGUACAUCCACCCGGACUCUCCUGCCCUGGGCAGCCACUGGAUGAAGGAGCCGCUCUCCUUCCAGAAGCUCAAGCUGACGAACAACACCUUGGACCAGCAGGGCCACGUCAUCCUUCACUCCAUGCAUCGCUAUAAGCCGCGUUUCCACGUCAUGCCGGCCGACGGCCUCUUCAGCACCCGCUGCGGCGUCUUCCACUCCUUCAGCUUCCCAGAGACGGUCUUCACCUCCGUGACCGCCUAUCAGAAUGAAAAGAUCACAAAGCUGAAAAUCUACAACAAUCCGUUUGCUAAAGGCUUCCGAGAACACGGGAAGAAUGUCCGUCACCGGGAAAGGACGGGUCGGGGAAGAAAUCCAGCCAAAGUAGCCAAGAUGGCAGCACCACAGCUUCCUGCAGGGGAAGGUGUUGCCGUGGGGAGCCUCGCGAAGGGGAAAGCUGAGGGAUGCCCGACUGCCCGUGGGCCCCCUUGGCUUUCUGGUCCCAGCAUCCCCCCGCCGAAGAUCCCUGCCCGGGGGGUGUCAGAAGAGCAGCAAGAAGGGCUGUCCGCCGCCACCUCCUCUUCCUCACAAGCCCACAGGUAA